GGCAAAUAGCGGAAAGCCCGAAAUCCGCUAUGAUAGCGUAGCGGGUAGCGUAGCGGCUGCUAUAGACAAAUAGCGGGUAUUUAAUAAAAAAAUUAAAAUAUAAAUUUAAUAAUUAAAAUAAGAGAUAAAUCUAGUAAUAAAAAGCAUAAAAUGACCUAAGAGUUUAUAAAAAUUAUCAAAAAUGAUAAAAAAUAAUAUUCUCAAGUCUCAACAAAUAAAAAUCAUAGUUUAUAAUUAUCAAACAAGAUAAUAAAAUACUUAAAGAGUAUAAAAAUCAGAUAAGAUCAAUUCUGGAAAAAGUCAGAUAAUAGAACUUUAAAACAAAAAAUCAUUCACUUCCCAUGUUACUUCGUCCUGGUGUUCACUUGAAUGCCGAAAUUCGUUGCCCCUGUAGUAAAUGUGGACAUUUACCUCACCACAACAAGGCAACUGUAACAGACCAUCUGUUGAGAUAUGGUUUCAUGGAUGCAUAUUCUGUGUGGUGGGCACAUGGUGAAACUUUAAGUAACAAUGUUGAUCCAUGGUUAGCUACAAGUGAUGUGGCAUCCUCAAGUAAUGUUGAGGAACAUGUUAAUAUUGAUGAACAUGUUAAUGCUGAGGAUGAUUUCCAUCACAUGGUUUAUGAUGCAUUCUGUCCAUCUGAAAAUGAUCACCCUAGAAAUGAAACAGAGUUCGCAUCUGAAAAUGUUGGGGAUGCGCCAAAUAGACAUGCACAAUCUUUUUAUGACUUGUUGCGUGCUUCAACCAUCCCACUUGGACCAUCAUCUAAUAAUCAAACAUUGCUUGGAUGGUUAUCAUAUAUGCUGCACUGCAAAGCCAAAAACAACAUAACUGGUGUUGGUUACAAUGACAUCAUUCAAGGCUGUAGGCAAUUGUUAAGUCCAGAAGAUCAGCAAAAAGUACCAUCAAAUUUUUAUGAAGCAAAAAAAUUCAUGAAAAACUUAGGUUUAGGUUAUGUCAAAAUUGAUGCAUGUGUCAACAACUGCUUUCUGUAUUAUGGUGAUGAAGCAAAGUCACUUACUACUUGUCCAGUUUGUGGUGAACCUAGGUAUAAAAAAUGCAACUCAGGUCAAACUCAAAAAAAGGGUAGGCCUAGGAAUUCUUUGUGGUAUCUACCCAUUAUUCCACGGCUACAGAGGCUUUACAUGUCUCGUAAAACUGCUGAGCAUAUGACAUGGCACCUUAAAUGUCGUGUUGACUCGGAGAUCCUCAUUCAUCCUGCUCAGUCUACUGCUUGGAAGCACUUUGAUGCCAUUCAUCCUUCAUUUGCAUCCGAUCCGCGAAAUGUCCGUCUUGGUCUUGCAACAGAUGGGUUUAACCCGUGGGGUCAUUUUUCGAGGUCAUAUUCCUGUUGGCCUGUUUUCAUUGUUGUGUACAAUCUUCCUCCUGAGAUGUGCAUGCGACCUGAGUUUACAUUCCUUACACUUGUUAUUUCUGGACCAAAAAGUCCAGGAAAAAAUAUUGAUGUUUUCCUCCGUCCACUUAUUGAUGACCUGAAACGGUUAUGGUUGUCGGGGGUAGAAACAUUUGAUAGCUUCCAUAAACAGAACUUCACAAUGCGAGCCAUGCUUAUGUGGACCAUAACAGAUUUCCCCGGCUAUGGUAUGGUUUCUGGAUGGAGCACGCAUGGUCGUCUGUCUUGUCCAUAUUGCAUGGAAAUGACUCGUGCUUUUUACUUGCAGUAUAGUCGGAAGAUCUGCUUCUUUGACUGUCAUCGGCAGUUUCUUCCUGCAUCACACUCGUACAGAAUGGAUGCAUCUCAAUUCCUUAAAGGCCACCUAGAAUUUGGCCCCCCUCCUACACGAUUAGAUGGUCAUUUUGUUCGACUUCGAGUUGCUGCACUACCUGAUGUUUUAUUUGGAAAUCCAUCAGUAAACCAAAUUAUUCCCGGGUUCGGUGAAACACACAAUUGGGUCAAACGGAGUAUCUUCUGGGAACUCUCAUACUGGGGUGAUAACCUUAUCAGACACAAUCUUGAUGUAAUGCACUCGCCUAUUGCUUUCCGUGGCUUGUUACCGGAUUCUAUAUGGGGUCCAUUAACAGAAGUAAGUAAUUUCUUCCGUGCACUAUGUUCCCCAAAUGUCAACAUAAAAGACAUGGCAGUUUGGGAAACGAAGAUAGUUGAACUAAUAUGGAACAAGAAUCAUGUUGAGGCAUCAAUUGUCGAAGCAUACAUUCUCAAUGAAAUAACAAGAUUUUGCUCACGAUAUUUUGGUGCGGAUCUUGAAACAAGUUGGAGUAAGCCCCCAAGGAACUUUGCAGCAGUUCCAUUGUAUAGGAACACAGAAUUCUCGAUAUUUGCGUGCCCUGGUCAUCCAAUGGGUUCACAUUUACAGACACGCUGCCUAACCACUCAAGAGAUGAAGGCAGCUGAACUUUAUGUCCUACUAAACUGUAGGGAAGUUGAUGCGCUUCUUAGCAUCUUUGAUCGAGAAGUUGGUGUAUAUAUGACCCCUUUAACUCCACACGAAGCACGCACCAGAAGUUUUGUUAUGUGGUUCAAAGAUAGGGUGUUAAAUGGCUAUCAUGAAAGGAAUGAGGUUUUGCAAUACCUUGCACUGGACCCAUCAUGGACAGUGAAUGUGUACAGAGGAACAACCAUAUCUGAUGAUGCUGAGACUGAUUAUUAUGGCAUCCUUAACGAAGUCAUCGAACUAUUGUAUUAUGGACCACAUGCGCAAAUGCAGACAAUUGUCUUAUUCAAUUGUGAUUGGUUCGAUACACGUCGGGGAACACGCGUUAACCAAGUUUACAACAUUGUUGAUGUCAACCCACGAUAUCAAUUGUCGACCGGCGAGCCAUUUUGCUUUGCGUGUCAAGCAACGCAAGUGUAUUACAGUAGUUACCCAUCAGAUAAUCGAGCAACUCAUGGAUGGUUCGCCGCAUGCAAAAUACGUCAUAGACAUUUGGUCAACGCUUCUUCAACCUCACUUGAUAUGGAAGAAAUAUUCCAAGAUGAGGAGCCACCAUCCACACAAUCGAAUGAGCAUAGUUCCAAUUUGACAUCUACAGAACGCGUGAAUCUGCAUGCAGAAGGAGCAACAAUGGUUGACUUAAAUGGAGAUGCAAAUGAUGAUGUUGAUGAAAAUCCGAGUGAAGGAAAUGAAGGAUAUGAAACAAGAGGCGAUGUUGGUGACGAUAGUAGUGAGACUGAAUAGUCGUUAAAUAAUUGAAGUUCAUGUAG